GCUGUUCUUUACAAAAAGUUAUAUUAAUUCGUUGAAUAAAAAAACCCUGGUUUUAUGUAAAAUGAAAGAUCCCAUUAAAAUAUCAAAAAUCAACAAAAACAGAGACGAACAAAUUGACUGAAAUCCCUGCUUUUUCUCCCUCCAGUCCCUGCUCUGUCUUAUCCAUUACUGUUCUUAUGAACGUUUUUCCACCCUCACUUCCAACAGCUCUUGCGUCUGCCACAAGUGCACAAUUCCAUACCCCGGAAAAAAAGAAACCACACCAACUAAAACUGUUGUGCCGUUGUCUAUAUUCUUUAGGAAGACUCUUCUUGUAAUCAUAGGAACGAAAGCAAUUGCACUCCAGGCACUUUUCAAUGGCCCAUCGAUCUGAGAGAGCAGACGAAGACUAUUACCGUGGAAGAAGGGAGGGAAACGAUGAUGCUAGAGACCGUUCUGCGAGUCCGUCUUCGCGCUUUGAUUCGCGUUAUGACGAACGUGGUUCUACUGGUUCAGGUUUUGCACGAAGCCGGUCUCCUCGUCGCUCCGUUUACGCUUCACAUGACGACGAGUACAAUUUACAUAGAAGGGAAGCGUAUUCUAGCUACUCUAGCGGCUAUUUUUCUCGUGGUUUGAGUGAUCCUUAUUCAUUGAAUUCCAUCGUUCCCUACGAUCGGUUUAUUCGUUGGUAUAGCCAGGAAAACCAUGUCUCAGCAACCUCUGAGGACCUUUAUAAGUCGUUGCAUAAAAGUUACAAUUCAUACAAGCAAGAUCUUUUCGCUCGAACUGCCGAGUCGUUUGUCGAAAAACACAUGAACGAGGCCUGGUUCCAAGACACGUAUAAGGCAAUUGCAAAUGAAGAUCCCGUGUCUGUCUCUGACGUGGAAAAAACAUACCGUUCAAAUUUACACGACCGUUUUAUGAAGCGGUUACAAGAUGGUGCCUACGACGAGUAUAGCAUCCAUGAAAACGUCAUGCAAAAGGAUGAAGCAUUAGACGAAGAUAUUGCUCCUCCUGUGCCCACAACCUCUUACAAAACAGUCGAUGUUGACCCUCUGUUCCCAGAAACGCCGGUCUUGUCUAUACAACACGUACCUGUUGACGUGUCGGCAGAACAAAUCAACGAGUUCUUUGAGAAGAUCGACCUUGUCUCGUACUACUCCAUAUCAGCUCCCAGACCUCUGCAUAAUUUCGUGCGCACAAUCUUUGUAUACAUCAAGCCAGGCUUCAAUGUAGAUGCUGCCAUGGAGUUGUUAAACGAAAAACAGUUAGCCGAUAACUUUACAAUACUUACAGAAAAGGUUAAGAUUCCGGAAAAGAAGGCAGACGUUGUUGCCCCUGUCUUUUACACAAAAGAGAACUUGGAAAAGCUGCAAUAUUUGCUGGACCGUGUUAUCAACUUGCUUGCAGCUCGGUAUGACUUAGAUCGAGACGUUUCUCAGCGCAUUCGCGAUCAUCUCAUUAGCCUUAAAGCAUCCUCGAACAUGGAAGAGGUUGAUCAAUUGGACGAGGAACAGUACUGUGAUCUUCUCGUCCUUUAUUUACGAGAAGUUUUGACUUACGAUUUUUGGAAGCGUAAGCAUUAUGGAUGCUAUCUGGCCUUGCUUCAGGAUACUCCCAGCGGGUAUGUGAAAACACAAAAAAUUGAGGACACAUAUGAGCCCACACAAGAGGAAACAGUGCUAUUCUCAAAUCUGGAGUUUGAUUACUCGUGCCUGCUUGACUCCGCUACCGUUGACCUGUCAGUUUUGGGUGCUCGCCCUGCGGAAGAAAUGGUUGAGAAAAAAAUUGAAGCCGCAAUCGGCAAAGAGGACGAGCAAAAGUAUCGUUGCCAUGUUGGCGAAUGUACGAAAUUGUUUUUGGGACCCGAAAUACGUUAGAAAACACAUCAACAAGAAACACAGCGAGUGGGUUGAGUCUAUGAAAAACCUUGCCAAAUAUCUCUGUGCUUAUGUCUUAGACCCGGGCCAUAUUCUGGCCCCACAGCUGAUUAGUCCUGUGUUUGCUACUAAUGAUUCCGACAACGCAGCAGCAGCAAACCCCUCAUCCGGUUCGUAUGCUGAAACUCGGCAUCGUAGCUACGACUCAAAUCGUCCCCGUAGACCAUACGGUUACUCAAGACCGCCUCAAAGACGUGAACGAGACAGAUACAGCAACUAUCACGACUUAGACGCACCCACCCAAAAUGUGCCCGAAUUAGACUAUUAAAGCACCGUAGUUACUACCGCUACAUAGUGAAUGGCAAAAUUCAUCCAAUUACUAGUAUUUACUUACUUUACUCUGCUGUCGAUUAAUUGUAUGCUGGAACAAAAAGAAACUUUCAUUAGAGAA